UGUUUCUAAUGAGUUAGUGUAUCUUACAGCUGAUAGCAACAUCAUGUCUAGGAGAUUAUUGGCAGCUAUGGCAAAGGUUAUCGACCCCUACUACGACCUGAUCUUGGACGAGGAUCUGGCCAAGAACGAGUACCCCAAAGCUUUGGACGAGCACCAGAAGCAGGAGAAGCAGAGCAUCAUGGCCCAGUGCAUGACAAAGGAAGUCUGGGACAAGUACAAGGACCACAAGACGAAGAACGGCUGGACCCUGGCCCGAUCCAUCAACACUGGAAUAAUCAACCCAGACAGUUUCCUGGGAUGUCACGCUGGAGACAUGGAGAGCUACUCCGAGUUUGGAGCCCUGUUCAAGGGUGUUGUAGAAAAGUACCACGUUGGUUUCGACAUGGAGACCAUGAAGCACGUCACCGAUAUGGACGUCAACAAGAUUGGAACUGCACUCUCUGAUCACGCCCAGAAGAAGAUCAUUUCCACAAGAAUCAGGUGCGCAAGAAACCUCAGUUUCUUCCCCUUGAACACUUGCGGAACCAAGGAAUCCAGAGAGGAGAUCUCCACUCUUAUGGAAGGAGUCUUCAGCACCUUCACUGGAGAUCUGGCUGGAAAGUUCUACAGACACACCACCAUGUCAGAAGAUGAGAUUAAAGAGCUGGUUGACAAGCAUUUCCUCUUCAGGGGAAAGGAUAAGAUGCAGGCUGCUAGUGGUUACCACGCUGAUUGGCCCCAUGGCAGAGGUAUCUUUGUAAGCAAGGAUGAGAAGUUCCUGAUGUGGCUGAACGAGGGUGAUCAUCUGAGAAUCAUAUCCAUGGAACAAGGUGGUGAUAUCCCAUCUGUCUUCGACAGGCUCGGCCGAGGAGCUGCUGCUGUAGAGAAGGGUCUUCAGGAGGUAACGAAAAGGGACGAAGUGUACAUGAGUCAUCCCGUUCUUGGUAUGAUUACCUGUUGCCCCACCAACAUUGGAACUGGAAUGAGAGGCAGCGUCCACAUCAUCAUCCCAAAACUGAUCGCAAAGAUCGGAUUCGAAGGUAUCGACAAGGUAGCCAGGUCUAUGAACUGCCAGGCUCGAGGAAGCACCGGAGAACACAGCGAGGUUAUUGACCGUGUGGAUAUUUCAAACUGGAGACGCCUGGGAUAUCCUGAGUACAACCUGGUUGAGGACAUGAUCAAGUGUGUCAACGUCAUCAGCCAGAUGGAGGACGAGAUCGACGGAUAAGCGAACGGUGUGGUAGUGUUUAACUUGAAUGUUCAAUGUGUGAACCUUUUUGAACUAUUUCAAAGUGUGAUGGACAAUAUGUGAAGUAUUGUUCUGGACUGCGUUUUGAACCGUUCGUUUUUCGGACUAAGCUUGAAAUCGGCAGAUUUUCAACUGAAGAAUUUUAUUUUUGAAUUGUUUUUCAUGUUUACUGUAUAGAUCUUAGUUUUAUACCCUGGUUUUAUGUUGGAAAUCUUUUAUUUGAAAUGUAGAAAAUAUCCUUGUACAUAGAGUAAAUACUUAAAUCCUGAACGUAUAUUUUUCUAUAUUACAUUUGCUGUCCAUUUAUAUGAAUCUGAUUAUGAAUGUUAGAAAUGCAUCAA